UUCUCUCUAUCCCAAGCAUAAUGGAGUCGGUGUCUGCUGUUCUGCUCAAGUGCUCAGCGCCCAAAGCCAGAAUCUUUGUGGUGUUCACUUGCAUGCUGGUGUGCACCUCCUUGCUGUGUUUACUGCAGCUGAAACUGUUCAGCCACAGAAAACAAAGCUUCUAUUCUUUCGAGGUGCAAAACUCCAAAGGGAAGACAGUUUCCCUGGAAAAAUACAGAGGAAAAGCGUCUCUGGUUGUAAACGUGGCGAGUCAGUGUGAGCACACAGAGCUCUCAUACCGCAGCCUACAGCAGUUGCAGAAGGAGCUGGGACCCAUGCAUUUCAAUGUCUUGGCUUUCCCCUGCAACCAGUUUGGAGACUCGGAGCCCGGCAGUAACUACGACAUCGAGAGCUUCGCCAAAGCCAACUACGGAGUCACCUUCCCCAUCUUCAGUAAAAUCAAAGUGUUAGGCAGUGAAGCCCACCCAGCCUUCAGAUUCCUCGUAGACUCUACAAACAAAGAACCCCGAUGGAAUUUUUGGAAGUAUUUGGUUAACCCGGAAGGCCAGGUGAUAAAAGUUUGGAAAACUGAAGAGCCCCUGGCAGCAAUCAAGCAAGAAGUGUCAGCUUUAGUGGCAAAGAUCAUAUUGAAAAAGAGAGAAGAACUCUGAAACACAACAGCAGUGACUGACAGCCUCCAGUCAUCAACCAUAAUGUUCAUACUUCAUGUUACAGCUUAACUUGCCAUUGAACUUCCAAUAGAUCUGAAACAUCCAAAGAGAUGGAUCCAUCUUUGAAUAUUUCCAUCUAAAACUGUCUAAUUUUAGAGACAGAGGCCAGCAUUUUAUACUAGUCCCAAGUUAACAACAACUUGCACUUAUAUAGCGUCCUUCAUGCAGGGUUAGUGUCCCGGAGUGCGUCACAGUGGCCAAGUCUGAUCCUGAGCCAGGGGGAAAGGGAGGGCAUAUGAGGGCACUGCACAUAUGAUCACAAACCACAAAAGUUCUGGUCAGUGUAAGAUGCAUACCAGUGUAAAAUGAGGUAGUACUCGCCUGAGGAGUCCUGUAGUGUAUUGGUUAGCGCGCUCACCUCACAGCGAGAGAA